ACAAAAGAGAGAGAGAGCGCGCAAGAGCGUUAAAAAAGUCUGCCAGCGGCGUCAGUGGAUUUAGUUUUGUUGUAGUGGCCUCAGUGGUGCGCGUUGCUGUGCUCACAAAGUAACAAUAAUUAUAAUAAUUUAAACAUAAAAAAGGUGUAAUUAAUUAAUAUAAAACGCAAACUAUUCAUUUGCUGUUUUCUGACAUGCUGAAAAUGACAAAUGUGCCGAUGCCGAACACGCUUAAGCUGGGCAGCGCCGCAGCAGCGACAACAAAAAAGACACAGCAUAAUGGUGUAGCGGCCGUCGCAGCUGCGUCGCUGCGCUGCGCAACAGACGACACGGACGAAUCGGACGAGGACUCUGAGUCGGAUUUGGAUAUUGAAGAGGAGGACAUAUUGUUGGACGAUGCCGAUGAUGUUGUGCUGCAAAUUGAUAGCGAGGACGAGGCCGAGUUGGAAGCGCAGCGUAUACGCUUGGAUGAUAUGAAGGCAGCGGCCGCAGCAGCAAAGUCGCAGGUCAGUAACGGUAAAACGACAGAUGCAGCGCCGCAGCAGCAGCAACAACAACAACAGAAACAGAAGCAGCAGUCAGAGACGCAGUCAGAGUCGUCGCAGUCGUUAGCUGCUGCACGCAAGCUGCGUGGGCGUCCACCGGGCAGCACAAAUAAAAACAACAACAAAAACCAGAAAAACAAAAACAAACGCAAAAGCUCAAAUAGCCCCAGCGCCAGCAUUAGCGCAGGCGUCGCAGUUAACAUGCCGGCCUUUGUCUCCGUCCCUGUUCCCGUCCCCGCUCCAUUGCCCGUUGUAGCUGCCAAAAUACAUGCCGAUGAGAAGGCGCACCGUUUCAUUUACAGCUGCGCCAAUUGCUCUCUGCUCUAUGGGGAUGCAUUGGCGCUCUCUCAGCACUGGCACAAAGAGCACCAGCCGCAGCAGCUGAUGGAGAGGGAGAGCAAACGUUUCAAAAGCAAAGCGCCCGCUGACGAACAAGUGAAGCUCGAGCCGCCACUGGAACUGAGCGAUGGAGUUCGAUUGGGCGAUUUAAAGAACUGUGCGCAGCUGCUACUGGUGGACCUUCCAGAGGGGCUCAAGCAGCAGUUGCUCUGCAGUGUUUGUGAUUCAAUAUUUGAGCAGAGCAAACAGCUGCAUUUGCAUCUCAGCGAGAGUCAUGGCAUCUGCAAGCUAUUGGUGCCCAAAGAGGAACCUAGCGAGCCCAUGGUCAGUAUUCCAAGUGAGUCCGUUCAAGCUCUAGUGCAGGCGCUGCCACAGGUGCAGCUGCAGGUGCAGGUGCAAGCCUUGGAGUUGCCAGAGACACCGCCGCCAGAGAGUGAGACGGCUGAUAAAGAUGAUCUCGCUAUGAUAAGCGCCAUGGUGGCGGAAAUUUCAGCCGAGCCCAAGGUUAAGAAGAUGAUUAUCAAACUGCCGGUGGCCAAGCGGGCUCCUGCCCGUAAGCGCAAGAAAGAGGAGAAGCCAAAGCAGGAGAAGGAACAGCAAGAAAAUAGUCAGGCCACAGUCAGCAAUGACAGCCGUAAACGAGGGCGCAAGGCGCAAACGCCAGCACAGGUCGAGGAAGAGCAGAUGCCGAAGGAGAGCGAAAAGGCGCAGGUGCAGCAGGAGAAAAAAGAAACAGAGCAAAAGCAAAGCAAAGAGCAGCAGAAGCAGAAGGUGGAAAAGGCGAGGGAUGAAAAGGAGGAAAAGCAACCCAAGGAGCAGCCAGCAAAGAGCGGAAAAGAGCUUGAGAAGGAUGAUAAGGACCUGCAGCAGGAGAUCAAAGAGGAAUUGCAGCCGAGACGCGCACGCAAGUCUCGCAGCUAUGUGGACUACGUGGUCGAUGUGAAGGACGAGGACGACGACGACUUUGAGGAAGAUAAAGACACUGAUUCCGAUGUCGAUAGUUUGACGCUGCACAAUAGCUCCACGGAUGACAGCCAUGCAGACGUCUCCAUCAAGCGCGAAUCAUCCGAGGAAUUGCAGCGCAAUGGCACCGUCCACACCUGCAAUUUUUGCAGCAAGACCUUUCAGCGCUUCUCACGGCUGCAGGAUCAUCUGCGUCUGCACACUGGCGAGAAGCCGCAUGUCUGUGGCCAGUGUGGACGCGCGUUCCGACUAAAGAUGCGCCUGGCCGAGCAUCAGCUGCGGCACCGCACCGAAAAGGCAUUCAAGUGCGAGUUGUGCGGCCUCCCGCUGGCCACCAAGCAGGACAUGGCGCUGCACAUGCGCCACCACAAGAACGAUCGGCGCUACAAGUGCGAGCUGUGCGGCAAGGGCUUUGUGCGCAGCUCCGAUUUGGCCAUUCACGUGCGUGUGCACACCGGCGAGAAGCCCUACAGCUGUGACCUGUGCGGCAAGGCGUUCCGCGCACGCCAGAAUCUCAUUGUGCAUCGGCGCACGCACCUGGGCGACAAGCCCAUCCAGUGCGAGAUGUGCGACAAGCGUUUCUCGCGCAAAAUCGACAUGCGCGUCCACAUGCGCCGGCACACAGGCGAAAAACCCUUUACCUGCAGCACUUGUCAGCGUGGCUAUUCCUCGCGCGUCAAUUUGCAGCGUCAUCAGCAGCGCGAGCACAGCGGACAAACGGCAACCGAAUCGAAUAACCAAGCGCAACAGGAGUCUCCGGACAGUAGCAAGUCGAAGCCAGCUACGCGUCGUCCGCGUCGCGAGAAGCUGCAGGAGAAGAUUGCCGCACAAGAAAAGUUGCUGGAUGAGCUGAAGCGUAGCCUCAGCACGCUGAACGACAUUGCCGAGGAGACACCUGCCACCCCGGUGCCGGAGGGCAAGCACAAUUUGUCCGAGCUGGCAGCCGAUGCGGGCGCAGGCACAGGCACAGGUGCUGGCUGUGCGCAGGUCUCGGUCACCGUUUCAAUGCAAGUGGAACCGGCCAAGCGGGAUGACGAUGAGGAGACAACGCCGGAGAAGGAAAAUGCACUGUCCAGUGGCUCAGCAACGGACGCUGUGGCCAGCAAUGGCAAGACAAAGACUAAUCGCAAGAUUACAAGCUACUUUACGGUAGUUGGGCAGCAGGCGGAACUCUAAAGACUUAUCAGACUCCAAUCCACAACUCUUACUCAUUAGGUUAAGACGCAACUGUACUUGAAAUUCUGUAGCUUAGCGCAAACCUCGCAGACCUGGAGACGAUUUCACUCUCUAUAAGAUUUUCCAUUUUGCAGGGAUUAAGUAUUCUCUAUGUAUACAGACUUAUUACCAUAAUGCAUGAAGCAAACAUUUUGAAGAGCGCGCACCAUCUAAAGAUAAUCUAAUUUUUUGCAUUUAAUUAACAUUUACGAACAGAAAAGACUACGUUUUAAAAGCAUUAAUUGUAUGAACAAACAUAAAAAGAAAAAAACUAAAA